GAGAGAGAGGUUGCAGUGAGGCAGAGGGGCGGGGGACAGAGAGACAGAGAGCCGCACAUUAAGACAGUCGUGCUUCUGCGAAAGCUUGGUCUAUCUAACAGCAGGGUCAGUCCAAGGAAAGGACGCAGCAGGGUCACUUUUUAUUUUUUAUUUUUUUUUAUAGCGCAUCUAACGCGCCACAUCUCCAAACAGCGUUUCACUAAUGUCCACCAAAUGGUGAGGAGGACAUGUCUCAGGAGAUAAAAAUCCCGUUUUGAUUUGGACUAGUCUGCCCGAGAGUUACCGUGAAGUCGGCUGGAAAUGAACUCUGAAGAUACACGUCGGUCUCAGAGCAUUCAUGAUAAGAGUUGGCGCUUCUCCUCCCUCUCCAUCCACGUGAGAAGUUUGACCGGAGCUGGCUGAAGGCAGGCUACCUGUGUUUUCCGAUUGGCUGUUUAAUCUUUGUAGAAACCAGUGACUGGACGACUGUUUCACAGGACACUGAGGGUUGCAUGCAUCAGUGCCAAAAAAAAUUGCAUUACGUGGGAGACUUCUGCUAAGGAGACACAGAGACAUUUCUGAAGGAUGGCAGCUGAGCAAGGACGCACACAGCGGAACGGACGCAGUGACGCUGCGGCCGGAGAACCGAGCUCCUCACCCUGCACCAGCCUGAAGAUGUUUCUGGUGGCUUUGUCCUUUGCCUAUUUUGCAAAGGCUCUGUCGGGGAGCUACAUGAAGAGCACAAUAACUCAGCUGGAGAGGCGCUUUGACAUCCCUAGUUACCUAAUAGGUGUCAUUGACGGGAGCUUCGAGAUAGGUAACCUGCUGGUGAUAGCUUUCGUCAGCUACUUUGGGGCCAAGCUCCAUCGGCCAAAGAUCAUUGCAGUGGGUUGUGUACUGAUGUCCAUUGGCACCUUCAUCAUCGCUCUGCCUCACUUCAUCAUCGGACGCUAUCAAUUUGAAACAUCUGUGCGGUGGGUAGUGAACUCAACACUGAACCCCUCUCCUUGUCCAGUGGGCUCACAAGCAGAUCUCACCCAAGGUGGUAAGCUGCCUGAUGUGCCACCCACAGGUUGUGAAGGCGAGUCCAACCUGUCGAUGUGGAUCUAUGUUCUCCUGGGGAAUGUCUUGCGGGGCAUUGGAGAGACGCCUGUUCAGCCGCUUGGGAUCUCAUAUAUUGAUGAUUUUGCUACUGAGGAGAAUGCUGCGCUAUAUGUUGGCUGUGUGCAGACCAUUUCUGUGGUUGGGCCUGUGUUCGGCUACCUAUUGGGCUCCCUUUGUGCCAAAAUCUAUGUGGACAUUGGAUUUAUAAAAAUGGAAACUAUCACCAUAACCCCAGCAGACUCCCGCUGGGUGGGGGCCUGGUGGUUGGGCUACCUCAUAGCUGGGGCCAUCACCCUGCUCUCUGCCAUCCCAUUCUGGUUUCUGCCCCGCUCCCUACCCAUGUCUGGGCGCCAGGGCCCAGGAAAGUGCACACCAGAGCAGACAAGUUUCAUUAAAGGCUCUCCUCUUCUGAAGCACAAAUAUCCUGCAGAUGACAAUACUAGUUUAAUAGAGAUGGCCAAAGACUUUAUUCCGACCCUGAGAACUCUGCUGGGACACCCGGUGUAUUUGAUCUACCUGUGUGUGACAAUCAUCCAGCUGAACUCCCUCAUUGGCAUGGUCACCUACAAGCCGAAGUACAUUGAGCAGCACUUCAGGCAGUCUGCCUCAAAGGCCAACUUUCUGAUGGGUGUGAUCAAUAUCCCUGCAGUGGCAUUGGGGAUGUUUUCUGGAGGUGUACUGAUGAAGAGGCUGAAGCUGAACAUCAUGGGAGCAGCCAGGUUUGCCUUUGGCACAUCGCUGAUCGGUUAUGUCCUGUCACUGUUCUUCUUUGCAAUGAGCUGCGAGAAUGCCAAGGUAGCCGGGGUGACACUUUCAUACGACAGUGUGGAUAUGAUAUCUUAUGAUAAACACUCAGUGUUCACAGCCUGCAACUCAGAUUGUUUUUGUUCAGCGAGUGAAUGGGACCCAGUCUGUGGAGACAACGGCAUCACAUAUGUUUCUCCCUGUCUUGCUGGCUGCAGCAGGUCUACUGGCUCAGGAAAAAACACAGUCUUCUCAAACUGUAGCUGUGUCGGUGUGACUGGUAACUUUACGGCCAGUACAGGUCAGUGCCUUCACACGGACGACUGUGACAGGAUGUUCCCGUACUUCCUGGCUCUUUCUGUCAUCACUUCCUUUAUCAUCUCUCUUGGUGGGACACCAGGCUACAUGAUUCUCAUCAGGUGCAUCAAACCACAGCUGAAAUCUUUGGCCUUGGGUUUCCAUGCUCUGGCAACACGCACCCUUGCGGGGAUCCCAGCACCUAUCUACUUUGGAGCAAUCAUUGACACUACAUGUCUAAAAUGGGGUCAGAAGAGGUGUGGAGGCAUCGGAGCCUGUAGAAUCUACAACACCACUGCCUACAGGAUAGCAUACCUGGGUCUGACUCUGAGCCUGCGGACUAUCUCGUUCAUUAUUUGCAUCCCGGGCUUCAUUCUGCUCAGUCGACAGCUGAAGAAGGAGGAAAGAAACGGCACCCAUGGAGCUUUGGCAAACGGUGCGACAGAGCUGGAGGCGCUCAGGAAGGAAGAGUUUGUGAUUUGUAAUUCUGACCAAUCACAACAAACCUCGGACAACAGCACAGACAGGGAGACGCGGCUGUGACAGAUCCGGCAGAACUGACCAUCCUUGUCUCUUUCACACACACGCACGCACACACACAUGUACACACAUCCAUCUAUCCAUUCAUUUUCCUUCUGCUAACCUGGGGUUGGGUCACGGUGGCAGCAACUUUAGCAGGGUUGUUCUAGACAUCCCUCUCCCAAGCAAUGUAUUCCAGCUACUCCUGGGGGGGGGGCCAGCCAGAUGGGCCAUAUCGUCUCCUUAGCGGGUUCUGGGUCUGCCCCGGGGUCUCCUGCAAGUUGAACAUUCCCUGAACACCUCCAAAGAAAGGCCCCCUAGGAGGCAAUCUGCUCCACCUGAACCACCUGAGCUGGCAUCUUUCAACACGAAGGAGCAGCGGCUACAAUGUCUGUAUGACUGCUGUCGCUGUAAUCCACCUGUUGAUCUCACACUCCAUUUUCCCACCUUUCAUAAAUAACACCUCAAGAUACUUAAACUCCUUCGCUUGGGGAGCAACUUAUCACCAUUCUCCGGGCAGAGCAUCAUGGCCUCAGACUUGGAGGUGCUGAUUCUCAUCCUCAUAGAUCUCAUACAUACACAUACACACACAUACAUAUACACUGUAUGAGUGAUACUGUACACAUACACACACAAAUGAGAUUUGCAGGGAAUCACAUGUUGUAUCCAAUCAUCUCAUAUAAAGCAUAAAUUCUAUAUUUGUACUACUGGACCUGUGAAGGCUUUUUGAAUUUGACAAAAUUGAUAUAACUGAAGUAUUUCUUGAAUGUACAUGCUGUUAUUUUUUGUUUUGUUUUUUUCCUUACGAAGAAAAAUACAACUAUUUUCCUUUUUUUUUAAAUGAUGGCACAAGAGAUUAGAUGGGAAAUGUGACUUGUACAGACUAAAAAGAAAACAUAAUAUAAUUCUGAAAAACCAGCAUUUAUAGCGCUGCCUCUGUGGAUUUUUUUUUUCCUUCAAAUGAAGUUUUUCUUCCUGACAUCACUGUUCCUGAACAGAAGAGGAGAAGUGGCCUUAUACACCAGAGGCACUAAAUAAUAAUAAUAAUAAAAAAAAACAAAUAAAUAAAGAUUAGGGGAAAACAGGCCUUCAAAGAGACAGGAAGUGAGUUAUUUUUAAGAUUUUUAAAUAGGAAAGAAAAACAGGCUGUUGUGGAAAUAUGUGUUUGAACAUGUAUUCCAGUAACUUUUAGAGGGCUUGGCGGUUGUUGAUUCGACUUAUGUGCCUCAUUCACUCAACAGUUACCUCUAAAUCACAGGUCACCUGUCUUACUGAUGGAGAGCAAUUUUGUAACAUUUUUGAACAGAUAUCUGAAUAGUAUUUCGUUUGACUUUUAAAUUUCAGACUGAAUGUAUGUCUCACUUAAGAGACUUUAGAAAAAUUCAUUUCUGAAAAAGUUUGUGUUCUACUUUUAGUCCAGGAUUGACUGCAUUGCAGUUUGUGUUGUGUGCUUUUUGGAUGUGAACUUGUUCUUUUGGUUUUCAUACAUAUUAAAAUGGAAAUUUUAUUUCAGUGGGAUCUGCCUACCUGUUUGUCUAGUGGAGGCUGCUCUGAUUUCCACAAGGAUGCAGGACCAUGUUUUUAUACUUUAAGCCAGCACCUCUAAACUCAUAGAUCUACUAUUAGUUGCAUUAUCAAGAUUAUACAGCACACUAAACAUCACGUCAUGACACUGAUAAUUAGGAACAGACUAAAUUUGCUGCAGCAGGCUCUGGUAAACCUUUUAUUUGAGGCGGAUGACUGAGGUGAAUGCUUGCUCUUGUGGUGGCCAUGUGUUGUGCCUUGGAAGAGGCCGAGUUUGUGCUGUUGCACUGUGUGUUAAGUAGCACAGGAAAUGUGCAUUUAUGUUACUGAUGUGUAUAAGCGCUUUUGUUUCCAGAUCUCCAGCCAUUGCUAUACAAUAUGUGUCAUUGGUCAGCCUGUUUUUAGGUUAUGUUGGAGUUUGUUUUUUUUGUGUGUGUGUGUGUAUUUUAGCACAUGCAUGAACUCCUGUGCCAAAACCCACAAAUCAAUGAAACAUCAUGGUCUAUUCUCAGGUUUUUCCUAAGGAUUUUAUUCUCGCAUACAGCUUCAUUCCAUUUGUUCGAAAUCUGUCAAAACUAACUCCUCAAAGUAAAAUAAAUCGACUUCUGAGCUACUGUAUCUAAGAUCUAAGAUAAUUAUUUUAAAAUGUAUAGUGUAUUAUCAUUUUUUAAGGCUUUAUUGCCCAAAUGGAUUAUGAACCAUGUUGGCAACCUGCAGUUAGGUGUUGACUGUAUUGUCUUUUGAAUUCAGGUUGAGUUUCAGGCACAGAUAAAAGUACAGACUCAGAGGAAAAGCAAAGCCGUAUAGAGGAAGGAAUUCAUUAUCUCAGCAAUGUAAGGCAUUUACUUGCAUUAAAGAAAUCAGAAUGUAAAUAAUUUUCUUGGAUUAUUUUUGUAAAAUUUCAAAGAAUAUCUUAAAUGUUAUAUGAAAAUAAAACUUUUAAUAUCCAAUCAAUUACUGUGUUGGUGUUUUUUUAUUCAAUUAUUCCAAACAAGGCACAGUAUAAAGAAAUGUGUCUUUAUUCAACAAAAUGUACACCAUCUGAAUAAAAAGGCACUUCAUUCUUCAACUUAAAUGUGGGUACACAACGUGAAGGGACAUUUCUGUAAUUUUAUGACUUCAAAAGUAACUAUAGUUAUUAAAAGUAAAACAUAGAGAACACUGAAGCAUCUGGUGAAUAUAGUCUCUGCUCUUCUUUCACAGUGACAAGGCUCUGUCUGAAUAACGGAAAUAUAUAACAAUCUAUACAGCCCCUUUCAUGACACAUACAUGACAUCUUGCACUGACCUCAAAAUAAACACUUGAAACAUGCUGUGCAGCAAAUAUACAACAAUUUGGACCUCCUGCGGUUUAGAAACAUACACAAGAUAUAUAACUCUGAUCUUGGUCCUAGAUUCAAUCUUAUUUUAUUGUAAACCAUAUGUAGGAUCAUGGGUGGUUGAAUCCAAUUUUCUAUCACUACAGAAUCAGUUUUAUUUAUAUCUACACACACGGUGUCAGAUUCUAAGGAAUACAUGAGGGAAACCAAGAGAACAAAAGCACUGGAUGGUGGAAACUUUCAAUGAUUCACCAGCACUACUAAAAGAAAAACCAAACAUAUAUCAUCAGCUGUGGUACAACAAAAACAUGUCAGGAUGAUUUGCCUAAGUGCAACAGUAUAUGCAAACUAUAUUUGCACAGCCAUGGAACUCAAACUGAAUUUACAUACUAUUGUCAAGCUCAAAGUGGGUGCGGCAGGUGUCCCUGCUACACCCGGGAAUGAAGAAGCAAACCCUUGGUAUCAAAAUACAUUCACAGCCGUUUUACCACUGGUAACUCUAGUUUACGACAAAUAUUUGCGCUCCCUCCACACUGCGCGCCUGGCUAAUAACAAAUAAAACAACAACCGUCCUUGGCGUAUAUUUCUUUAACAUAUUAAGUGCUCUGUGAUCAAACCUGACUUAAUUCUCUCCAAUUACCUAAUCUGCCUGAUAGAGUGUGUUAUGAAAAACAAACAGUCUGCUUAGUCACACUGUGCCAGGCAGAAACAGGAAAUAAUCCAAUAAUACACAUUCCAUUUAAGAUAGUCUGAUGCCGUCAUAAAAAAAAAAAAAA